GACAUAUGUGCCUUGGGUAUACAUGUUUGUCCGAACAGAACAUCAUGUAGCCUACGCGACGAUGUUCAAAGCGGUGCGGAAUUACGCAUCUAUCUUUUUCAGCAUUGAUCUAGUACUGUCGUUUGGCAGUUUGGACCGAAGUCAGUGCAUUGCUAGUGCCUUUAGAGAAGUUUUGCCAAACAUUCGUUUGCUAAAUUGCUAUCCGCAUCUCGCACGAAAGCGCGGUGCAUCCGACAAAGUCGGCCUCCUCACGAAAAAGUCUUUCUACGACGAUGACGUGGCUGUCAACAUCAGGUACCUGAGCGUAGCACGUUCUGAGGAGCAAUUUAAGGCGUUGCCUCGGCUAUUUGUGGAUUAUUGGCGCAGUGAAGGAGAGGUUGGCUACGCAAACUGGUUUGAGGAUACGUAUUUAGGCUCAACGUGGAUGUUCUGGUACUACCGGUCUGCAAUUCCUUGUGUUACGCCGUCAAAAAUGCACUUGAAUCCCACCACAGCACUAUUAAGAAAACGUGCGUGGCAUCCCUUCGCUCCACUAUUCCAGCAAAGUCUUUACCAUUUGAGUGAAGGUCCGUUAUGCAGUGAGUCUGUGGAAAAUACCCAGCGCCUACUCGACAACAAGAAAAACUACUACAAGCUGAAAGUACCGGUUACUAGAGUGCUGUUCGGCGUGCUAUUCAACGCGACCAAGUUCUUAAAAUCGAGCAAGAACGUCAACGGAUCCGACUUAGACAGAAGAAGAGCGCAACGGGUAGUACACAUACACGGUGAAGUUUUUAUUUUACUAAUUUAUCUUUUUAGAUACUUGAACUCGCUGGAAGGAAAACUACCAGAGGAUGUUACCGUUCGAAAUGCUGAGCGCUAUUGCCUGUCGAUCCACCAAAUUCAAAGCGUGCGUCGCAAGUAUGUCUGCGAUUGCGUUAUGUUUGCCCAGACAGGCUGGCAGUGCUCUCACGUUUUCGCUGCAAUGGUUCUACAAGAAGAGGUGAGCUUAAAGCGCCUGCUAAGUGCUCUACCAACGCGAAAGGCAAGUGGAGGUCAGCGGAAGGCGAAAAGUUGCCUUGCGAAAGACAAGGCAGAUCACCAAUUUUCUGUCAACACUUUGAUCAAGCUACAUCUUGAGAAGCCAAUGUCACCAAUUCACUGGCAAGUCAUGCGAGAUUUCGAGGUAACAACAAAAGCGAACACGACAAAACUCGAGAGUUUUUGCGGGACGGUGGAGUCGUGGGGUGACGAUGACGGUGUGUACUACUGGACUGUCGAAUUUCCGAAGCUUAAGCAAAAGCUUAGGCUGGAAUGUCAAGAAUUGGCCGAAUGUACACACGAGGCAGAUCGUAUUCGACUUGAGGAGCGUUAUCAAGUAUUCUACCGUGCUAAGAGUGCUCAAGGCACCAAGUUCGCGAAGUUUGCUAAGCGAAAACCCGCUCCGGCCAUCAAGAAACACCACAAAAGAGCUCGCCUUGCAUUUACUCAAAAUAAAAUUGAUGGCCCUGGCGGUUAUCGCUACUACUGGCAUGAUGUGCGACAAGAUUCUGAAUUGUUCUCGAAGCGGCUCGUUGAGUUUAUGCUGGAGGUCGUCAAUAUGAAACAUCAGCCGAGUUAA